AUGGCACCGUUUGAAGCAUUGUAUGGUCGGAAGUGUAGAAGCCUAGUGUGUUGGAAUGAUAUAAGUGAGACUAUGGUUCUUGGACCAGAGAUGAUUGAGGAUAUGGUGAAGCAGGAUUUGCAUAGUGAGCUAGAAAGCGUUCACAAUGUGUUCCAUGUGAGCCAAAUCCGAAAGUAUAUUCCUGAUGUGACACAUGUGUUACAACCAGAAACCAUUGAGAUGGAUGAGAAUUUGACUUAUGAGGAAAGACCAGUAAAGAUUCUUGACUCUAAGGUCAGGAGCACAAGGAACAAGGAAGUGAGCAUUGUGAAAGUGUUGUGGUCAAAUCAGAAAACUGAAGAGGCUAAAUGGGAAGUUGAGGCUGAUAUGAGGAAACGCUACCCAGAGUUGUUUGCCUAA